GGCUGUCCAUCAUUUCAGUAAAGGAAGACAUGAAGCGCUGUUCAGAAAUGUUUUCAACUAGAAAUCUAGUGUAUUUCAUUUGAGAAUAGAAUUGCAAAGAUGAUGAAGGUUUUGACAACAAGAUGAAAAAAUAGAAGGCAUUAGAGAAAGAGCGAAUUUCCAGUAAAAUACUGAUGCAGAUACCAGAUGUUUUUCUUCUCACAUGGAGACACAGAAGUAGAAUGAGAGCAAGGGAUGUAGAAAGAGUACAGGCUCUUCUAACAAGCCGUACGGAAGAGAACAGGGCGAGUGAAAUCAAGGGACAAUUUCCUCAAAAUGGAUUCGCUUCAGUCAGGGAAGAUCCUACGCAGGGGCAAAGAACCAAUACCGACCAACAGGCUGAAAACUCUGAAUAUUUACCGAAAUGUCUCAGUAGUGCAGCUAAAUCAUUUUCUCGUGAUUUUCCAUAAAUGGUUGCCUUUUCUUCUGAGUCAUUUUUUUUCCCUAGUUACACCAAGAAGUAACUGUGAAGAGCUCUACUUCAGAAGUGUACAUUCCCAAUCUUCAGGAGGUGAAUUUGAAAUGCCAACACCUCCCUUACCUCAGAGGGAAAGGGACCAGCUGAGCGCCCAUCUGGGGUCAGCGACUUUAGUAAGAUCUGGGCAGACUCAUCCUUUUCUGUACAGAGCUAACAUUCUGGAGGACGAGUCCAUCAUUCCUGGCUGCAGCAAAUGUCUCUCUGACUCAGGAUGGCCAGCCAAAUAUCAAACCGGAGAGCGGAGCCCAGCUGCCAGGGACAGUAAAUUUCAGGACCCUACAAAGGCUGCGGAAAUUGCCUGCUGCUCUGGAUUUUCUGCAGCAGAAAAGGGAGGAUGCCUUCUCAGGCAUUGGCGAGAACCAAUGCGACUGCCAGAAAUGCCUGAGACAGGGUAUGUCAGCGCACGCACACACACACACGUGGCCAAGCAUGACAGAAGGUUGCACUUAGUGAGCUCCAUCGGUGGUCUCUGCUACAGUGGUCUUCAAGAGGCUCUAAGGUCUCCAUUCAUAACCCCAAAACUGGCUGCCAUUGUUUCAGAGCGCUCCUUCUCACACCGUACUGUGGGAGAAAGAAAAGGCGUCUCCUGCCCAAGUACUAGGAUUCAUCCUCCGGAAUCAUCUCUAAAGGACUCAGUGCAGUCAGGCUGAUGCGAUGUGUCCACUGGCUUCCACCAAACAGCAGCAAUCCCCGAUAAGUGGGUGAGUUCCCCAGAAGAUAUUAGGAGAGCAUGAGCGAGAAUCGGGGAAACGGCAGCUUGGGGGACAUUUAAGGGCUGUGUGCACAUUCGCUGCAACAUCUCCUGCACACACGAGUACUCUCAAGAGUGAAUCCAUGGGGUUUUUAUGCAUGUCAGCCUCCUUUGCUCAAUUCCUUUAAAUUGCAGGUUUCCCUAUGGGUACUCUAUGGCAACCAACACUAAACAUCAGCUCUCAUGUUUUUAAUCGCCCACUAAUAAGAUUAAGGAACGUCCCUCUGGGGUCCACC